UUCAAAAGGCAGUGUUUCAGAGUCUGGACUCACACAUACUCAUAAUCGGCACUGAAAUCAUCAUGGCAGCAGAGGGGAAUCUUGUUUGUGGCGGUGUUAUGUUGCUCCACACUGAACGUGAAGGCAAACACUCAUAUGAAGUGAAUGGCUUUUUAAACUAUAACAAAGGAAUAUUCGCAAGCAAGGGAGAUAAACUUAUAAUGAUAAACAACACAGAUAUGGAGGAUCUGACUCCGCGGGCAUUUGCAGAGCUCCUGGUAGCAGGAUCCCCCUUACUUACCAUACACCAUUCGCCCAAAAGAAAAAACGAAGAGUGUGAAUCUGAGGAAAUCAGUGUCCAUAAAAAGGAGCAGACAGUCAUGAGAUUCAGCCUGAUGAUGGUAAGAGAGGAAGAUCUGGAAGCCACUGGAGUUGAACCAUUGCCAGAGUGGGAAAGCAAAGACAUUGAGGAUGACUCUUUCAGUGAUGACAAACUUCUACUUGUCUCCAUGGCUGGCACAAGCUUCAGUAUGGUCGUUGCUCGGGGUUGUGACCCUGACAGCCCUUGCAACAGCUGUGGAGGGAUAAAUUGCCAAUUUAACGAAGUUGUUGUCCUGCCUGCGACAGCUGAGGUUACCUUUAAUUCUUCAAGGAUUUUGAAACAGGUUUAUGAGCUAAAUAAUGUGUUCUUGAAGAGUUUCGUCAUGGAAAAGUAUGUCACCCCAGAAAAUCGGCAGAUGUUUUUGAGGGAUACCAUGUCAGCAAAAAUCACCCUCUACUAUUACACUGCCACCAUGGGCCAUGUAGGUGUUCCUGUUGUACUGAACUUCACCGGCACAGAAAACUUCUUCUGCUGUACCACCAAGCAAGGUGAAGAUAAGAAGAUUUUAACACUCGUGAGCCAUAAUAAAAUGGACUUGAAAAGCAUCUGUCCUGAUGACCAAGAAAAAUGGUCUCUUGUAUUCUACAUGUCUUCUGGGCAAGACAAUCUUCGGCGUUUUGAGUCAGCUCGUUAUAGAGGAUGGUUUAUUUACACACAAAGCGUAGAUAGUAGAGUAGUGGACAUGGAUAGGGGAGAUCAGUUUGACAGUAAACAAGACAGUGCCUUCUCACUUAUAAUUCUGAGUGAGAAAGGUUCAUGGAAUUCAAGGUCUUGAUAUUAUCGUUGGGAAGCCGGGAGUUGUUCUCAGAUUAACUUACAUUUCAAUAUACGUUUUGGAUGAGUGUAAGGUUAAGGUUGUCUUAGCGGAUGCAGCCUCUUCUAAAGAAUGGUGUGUUUUACUGCCAUCGCAGUAGUGAGUAGAUAUGUAUCAUACUAUUAGAUUAAAAAAAAUUUAUGAGUGUCAUCUUUUUUACAUUCAGCUAAUUUUAAACUGAUGUUUUUAAAUCAACACAUGUAAUUCAUAUUUAUUUUUAUUUCUAACUGUUCAUAGUUACUUUUUGUGCUGAAACAUUAUGUUUUUUUUAGUAUUGAAAAGAAAUCCUUGCAAAAUGUAAUUCGUGUAAUUCCUGUAUUUAUAUUAUCAACUGUUAUUUAGGCUACAUUUGCUUGUAUAAGCUGAAAGCUACUAACAACUUUGAACUGUUGCUUUUGCUGCAUAAAUGUAUCAUUUACCAUAUUAAUGUGUGUUUGUGUAUUAUUCUACACUCUCAGAAAAAA